AUGCGUCCUGGAGCACCUAUAAUGCUUCUGGCUCUGGCCACAGGAACCUCGGCAGCUACAUGUACAGCCGAUGCCUUCUGGAAAGCUCCUCCAACGGCUUUUGGAUCUGAAGUGCUCGAUAUUCAUGCCGAGGAAGUAAAAGGGUGGAAUGAGUAUGCAACUUCUGCUCCGACGUUUCCGGCUUUGCCUGUGGAGCAGAAGCCCAUCGACUUCUGCAAUGUCACUGUUUUCUACACUCAUCCAGGAUUGAACGAUACCAUCCGAGUCUCAGUUUGGCUGCCGCUGCAGGAGGCGGACUGGAAUGGCAGGUUUCUCGGCCAGGGAGGCGGAGGCUGGGCAGCAGGUGGCCAUGGCGCGUUGGCAUCUGGCGUAGCCUUAGGCUAUGCUGCAGCCGACACCAAUGCUGGACAUUCGUACUUUGGUGACCCGCCGGACACCAUCCUCAGUUCUAAAUCUUGGAGUUUGACAAGUCCAGGCAAUGUCAAUAUACACGCCCUGCAGAACUUUGCUUAUCGGGCGCUGGAUGACAUGUCAUGGAUCGCCAAGCAUGUCACCAAGACUUACUACAGUAAAGACAUCUCGUACUCGUACUGGAACGGCUGCAGUACUGGAGGGCGUCAAGGAUUGACUUUGGCUCAACGGUAUCACUGGCAAUACCAAGGAAUCAUCUCGGCGGCCCCAGCAGUUAAUUGGGUCACAUUCUUGGUCACUGAGUAUUACGCUCAUGUCAAGAUGAAGGAGUUAAAGUAUUAUCCACCUGUUUGCGAAAUCCAGGCAAUUACCAAAGCUGCGAUUGAGGCCUGCGAUGAGCUCGAUGGCGUCAAAGACGGUGUUAUCUCCGCAUUUCGGCUAUGUGGUUUUGAUGCCAAGUCGGUGGUAGGUCAGAAGUACGAGUGUAAGGAAGGUGAUACACGUAAGAUCACAAAGGAAGCCGCAGAGAUUGCCAACAUAGGUUGGACUGGCCCUCUCAAAAAGGAUGGCACGCCGGUCUGGUAUGGGCUCGCACACGAAGCCCCGUUAGUCGGCCAACCCAACUUUCAAGGUCUCGUAAAGACAAAGUGUGAUCCAAAGGAGCAGAACUGCAAGAGCGACCCAUUCAUGAUCAGUGCAGAUUGGAUCAAGCAGUUCCUGCUGAAAGAUCCGGAUUAUGAUCUCAGCAAUAUUGACGAGGAGCUCUUCCACCACUUGCUGCGCACAUCCCGCCAGCAGUAUCACUCCAUCAUGGAUUCUGCCGAUCCCGAUCUCACGCACUUCAAACAAGCCGGAGGAAAAGUUAUCUUAUGGCACGGCCUCGCCGAUGAACUCAUCUUCCCCAACGGCAGUCUCAACUACUACGAGCGAGUCAAAGAAGUCACUCCCGAAAUCGACGACUACUUCCGCUACUUCGAAGUCCCAGGUGUGACCCACUGCCUUGGCGGAGAUGGCGCAUUUCCUCUCACAGCUCUGAACUCACUCGUCGAUUGGGUGGAGAACGGCAAGGCGCCUGACCAUCUCGAUGGACAGACCAUACCAAUGUUCAGCAGCAAACCUGAUGCUGAGCCUGCGUACAGACCAAUUUGUGCAUAUCCGAAGGUUGCCGCGUACAAGGGAGGGGACGUAACUAAAGCAUCGUCAUUUGAGUGUGCGGAUGGGUUCGGGAAAGUGACUGGGAGGCACGAUGAGUUGUAA